AUGGGCUGCUGCACGUCGAAGAAGUCCAACAUCGAGGAGAGGAGGAGGAUCAUAGACCACUUCAUGCCCACAGGCCCGGCCAUGCAGCCCCGCUUCACCUACAGGCAGCUGCUGUUCCAUGCUUCCUCGAGGGCUCACGGCGCAUGUAGGUUGGAGAAGGUCGAGGACGUGGACAUGGAGAAGUUGAAGACGCAGAGCAAGAUUGAGGCCCGGAGUGCGGAUUUACUGGGAAGCAAUCAUCUGCCUGCUAUGGACUCGAGCGAGAGCAUGUUUCCGGACAGUGCUGAAGCCAACCUCCAAGGAUACCUGAUAGUGGAGACACCCAUUGCGACCGGAUGUAAUCCCUAUGUAACGCAUCGGAUCACGGUUGACGAAGAGAUGUUGGUACGAGACAUCCAGGCUGAGGCGACAAAGGUAUCGUUCCGUCUUUCUGUCAAUCCUCAUGAUCCCGAUGGUCUUUCCUUUCACAAGGGAUAUUUAUUCAUUUCCAACACAUUCGGACUCGCCACGUACGAGGUCAUGGGGAAAACUGACUCAAACGUCCUCCUUGAGCCUCUUCCGAACGAUUCAGGAGUGGACUUCGAGGAUGUAUUGAGUCUUGCAAGGGACAAGGCUAGGAGCGGAUGGAGAUUUCGGGCAGCGCUGAGAGGUCGGGCCCAGGUUCAGGAUUUCGUUCUGAGUUACGCCAUGUAUCCCGAUGUUGUCGUCUCCCCGUUCUCGCAUCUUGUAUUUUCCCAAGAGAGUUCCGCCUCGCGUAUGCAGCUGGAGCUUGUAGAGUUGAGAGGAACUGGCAGUGUAAUUAGCGGGGCGUUGAUAAGAAUAGUCAAGGUCACGAUAGAUCCUCCUGAAUCUGCAUUGAUGCAGCAAGAAGCAUUCACAGAUUACAUCUUCUCGGUCCACAACACUGUUGGAGGGCGAGUCUCGCACUGCAAGCGAGGAACCAGAAUGCUGAAAGGGUCGGUGUACAUAAUGAGGUAG